CAUAAAUAAUUUUAUGAUUAAAAUUCUCAAAGUUAGAUCCCAGGUAAAUUCAUUUUAUAAAACAAAAAGUACCAUAAUGUCUAAGAAAAAAAACGGCCGGUUCGAGGGAGUGUCAGAAGAAGAAAUAAUGAAGAAAACCAAUUCGCUACCAGAUUAUUUGCAGCCGGAUUUGGAUGUCGUUUUUGUGGGCAUAAACCCAAGCUUAACGGCUGCAUUCAAAGGUCGUUAUUAUGCAGGGCCCGGUAAUCAUUUUUACAAACUACUGCAUGCAUCUGAAUUAGUACCAAGUUACGUUCCUUUUGAUGAAGACUACAAAUUACUUGAAUAUAACAUCGGACUGACAAAUAUUGUCGAUCGCGCAACUCGAUCAUCUGCCGAUUUAAACUCUAAGGAAAUAAAACGAGGUUGUGAUAUCGUUGAUGAAAAGCUGAAGAAAUUCAAACCGAAAUUGGCGGUUUUCAAUGGGAAGUGUAUUUAUCAAAUUUUCGCCCAACAGUUUGGGAAGACGAAAUUUAAUUUCGGUCUUCAGAAUGAAAAAAUCGGUGACACUGCUAUUUGGGUCGUACCUUCAAGUAGUGCAAGGUGUUCAAAUUACCCGCGUAUGGUAGAUAAAUUACAUUUUUAUCAAGCUAUAAAAAAACAUAUUCUAUUUUUACGUGGCGAAAUACCAGAUAUUAAUCUCAGUGAAUUUUAUUCAAUGGAUUUAAAAAAAUCGACGGUUAAUAAAAAUCAAAAUGUAGCUGAUGAGUAUCCGCAGUAUUUUAUAACAGAAAUUCUUGAUGGUACGCAGAAUAAAUCGAAUGAAAAUAAAGACAAAGAAGAAAUAGGUGAAUAUUCGGUAAAAAAUAAUGACACUCAAUCGUGUUAUUUUUUAACGGAUAUAAAAAAAGGUGAGGAUGAGACAGUAAGUGCUAGCGGUAGUGUUCUGUCAGAAGAAAUAAGCGAUGAAGGCAAAGAAGAAAUAAAUGAUGAAAGUAAAGAAGAAAUAAAAAGUUUUAUAAAUAAAGGCGGGAAAGCUAAAAAAAAUUUAAAAAGAAGUCGAGAUGAGAGUGAAGGAGGAUCUCUAUUUAAAUUGAAAUCUAAAGAUAAGAAUGAUAAGGGCGGGAGUGUUGAUUUUAUGAGUUUGAUUAAGCAGAGAUUGUUAGAGAAAGAAAAAAAAAAUAAUGAGGAUAACAAUGAAGUGAAUGAUAAAUAAUUAUUUGCACAUGAGUUUCAUAGUCUAUUUUUAAAUUAAGCUCCGAAGACUCAAUGUCUUAGUACGUUUAUAUAAAUUUAACUUUCGCAGUAACAUAAGUUCUAUUUCCAAUUACGCUCUGCAAUUAAACUUUUACAAUCAGAAAGGAUUUGAAUAUAACUCUGGUGAAAACUUUUUAGAAUAUUCUACCUAGAUGGUUUCUGGGAUUUAUAUUAUUUUGAAAUUUAAUGGACACUGAGACAGAGUAGAGUAGAGACUUUUUUUUUUAUCAAAAAAUACAAAAAAAAAUUUUUUUGGUUCGUUUUUUUUUUUUUUUGAGUCUGAAGUUUAAGUACAAACUGUAUGAUUGUGGUAUUUAUUUUUUUACUUUAACAAAUAUAAUAAAAAUAGAUAUAUUUUUUU